AUAUUACAGGGUUGAUUUGCAUGCUAUCUGGUGUACCGGUUUCUUUCUUUCAUAUCAGGACGUUGAAGCGACGCGGAAUCCACGACUACCAAAAUGUCGUCAGCCCUCUUUGGCUCCACCACCAGCACGACAGGCGAUCUCUCUAAGGAUGUUGCCCUGUCCUCGCCCCCGGAGGAUAGCAUCUCCGAUCUCGCAUUUUCAAGUGUUAGCGACCACCUUGCAGUGGCAUCAUGGGAUAAGAAAGUCCGUAUCUACGAGAUCAACGAACAAGGAAUGAGUGAAGGGAAAGCGCUGUUUGAGCACCAGGGUCCUGUUCUGAACUGUUGUUGGUCGCCUGAUGGGACCAAGGUUGUCGGUGUCGGUGCAGAUAAAGCCGCCCGUAUGCUCGACUUAGCUGGCAACCCCAGCAAUCCUGUUCAAGUCGCAGCGCAUGACGCGCCUAUUCGAUGCUGCCGCAUGAUUUCAAAUCCAGCAAAUUCAAGUCAGCCUUUGCUCGUCACCGGCUCGUGGGAUAAAACUGUAAAGUACUGGGAUUUGCGACAGUCUACGCCCAUUGCGUCUCUCGAUUGUCAAGAACGGGUAUACACAAUGGACGUUAGGAACAAGCUUCUCGUCAUCGGCACAGCAGAUCGAUAUAUUAAUAUUGUGAAUCUGGACCAACCUACAAAGUUCUACAAGACCAUGCAAUCGCCCCUCAAGUGGCAAACAAGAGUUGUCAGCUGCUUCACGGAUGCUACAGGAUUCGCAGUUGGCAGCAUUGAGGGUCGCUGUGCGAUUCAGUAUGUUGAAGACAAGGAUUCUAGCUCGAACUUCAGUUUCAAGUGUCACCGCGAAAGCCCCAGUGGCUCCACAACCGUCAGCAACGUCUAUUCGGUCAAUUCCAUCGCCUUCCACCCCACACACGGCACAUUCAGUACGGCAGGCAGCGACGGAACGUUCCAUUUUUGGGAUAAAGAUGCCAAGCACAGACUUAAGGGAUUUCCCAAUGUCGGAGGGACGAUUUCCUGUUCCACCUUCAACCGUAACGGGAACAUUUUUGCCUAUGCAGUGAGCUAUGACUGGAGCAAGGGAUAUACUGGCAAUACUCCACAAACUCCGAAUAAGGUCAUGAUGCAUCCUGUCGCCGCAGAAGAAGUCCGACCUCGCCCUUCAAACGCACGCAGGACCAGAUGAUGCGAUAUCGUGCACCCGAUUAGUUCUAAUACAAUAACCAAGGACCACCAACAUGCAUCCACAGAAGCCCUGCGUCUUAGGAUCUAGAAAGUGCCGUUUACUCCUAUACGUUAGCACACGUCGAAGCAGGCCGGCCACGAUUGAAUAAUAUACCAUUUCCAUAACAGUGCAUGAUGGCUGUUCCCUGAGCAUGUGCUGUUUGCUAUGCCUUUCCUUCCCGCCGACUCCUUUACCCUAAAAGCUGUACCACAAACGCAUUGACCAUUCGUGUCCUUUCCACCUCUGAUUUUGAUUAUUCUGGAAUGACCGCGAUGUUUGGACAUGGUAUUCUGGCUGCUGUUAUCUCCCAUUUGAGUAUGAUUCCCUUCGUUGCCUCUGGUCAGUCUACGAGUUUCUUUCUAGUCCUCAAAUAGAAUAGGUAUGACAAACUUCACCACGCAGGAGGGGGUUAAGAGUAUAGAAUACUUCUACACCUCUCCCAAUAAUCAGGCAACUAUUGCGCAGAUACCAGUCUUAUCAUUUAUGUCUAGAACCCAUGGUAUACAUAAUGUAUAUCCAUCUAUGUUUUCUCUAAAGGAAAAAGGGCGACAUAAAAACUGAAGGGAAUAGAAAAGUAUUUCCCCAAUGUGUCAGAGAGC